GAACCUCGUCCCGCGGACCCCGCCCAAGGCCCCCUCCCUUUUCCUAUGCCUCAUCUUCUCUCCUUUGGGAACCCUCUCCCUUCCAGCCGACCCUUCCCCUCUCCCCUCAUACCACAUCUUCUCCCAACCCCUCUCCCCUCCCCCACUCCUAAAACUCCCCUCCCUCACCUCAGCUCCUCCUCCACUCUGGCCUGCUGGGGAGCUGCCCCCUCCCCCCUUGGAGGAAGGGAUGUCUUGAGGUCUUUUAGAUCUGGGCUUCUUAACAUGGAGUCCCAGAUCUUGGAAGGGGGCGGUCCCCUCGUCAUUUUCACUACUGUCUAGCUGAAAUUGACCUCCUUCCUGAUCUGGAAAAGAGUGUCCCAGGCUUCCCAGUGCCCACGGAGUCCCCAUUUGAGCCGUUGUCCCUAUCCAUUGAAGGGGAUUUGGGGGAGUGCAGGGGCUGCUUUGUGGCCCCUCGGACCUGAUAUUUUGUUAUGAGAACGUCCUUGAAUCUUCAGAAUGGGAGAUAUUCUAGCUUCUGAAGCUGAAUUGCUUGGACUGGUGAAAGAGUACUUGGACUUUGCUGAGUUUGAAGACACUGUGAAGACCUUUUUAAAGGAGUGCAGAAGUAAAGGGAAACCUUUGUCCAAAACCCCCACUGGCUCUUUGAGAGACUCGAAAACGCUGCUUAUCCAGAAGGAUCUCGUGACCGCCUUUGAUAAUGGUGACCAGAAGGCCUUCUUUGAGCUGUGGGAAGAGCACGUCCCGACCACCACCCGUGCGGGAGACACACUGGCCCAGAAGCUGGAAUUCUACCUGCACAUCCACUUUGCCAUCUUCCCUCUGAAGCACCGCUCGGGAAAAGCUGAUAAAGCAGAAUUCGAUGGAAGGAUUUCUUACUUCAAAGCCUACUUGGAGACCAAAGGAGCAGCCCUGAGCCAGACCACAGAGUUCCUUCCAUUUUACGCCCUUCCCUUCGUCCCCAACCCCGCGGUGCAUCCUUCCUUCAAGGAGCUCUUCCAGGACUCCUGGAUUCCCGAGUUAAAGAUGAGGCUGGAGAGCUUCCUGGCCUCGACGCUCAAAGCCAGUAACACUCCGAGGCUUUUCACCCUCUACAAGGAGAGCGGCCAGAACAGCAAAGAGAUGCUGCAGCAGCUGCAUCAGCAGCUCGUGGAGGCCGAGCGGAGGACCAUGACGUACCUGAAGCGCCACAACAAGAUCCAGGCCGACUACCACAACCUCAUCGGCGUCACGGCCGAGUUAGUGGAUUCUCUGGAGGCCACCGUGAAUGGCAAGAUGAUCACCCCGGAGUAUCUGCAGAGCGUCUGUGUCCGUCUCUUCAGCAACCAGAUGAGGCAGAGCCUGGCCCACAGCAUCGACUUCACCAGACCAGGAACGGCUUCCACCAUGCUGAGAGCCUCCCUGGCGCCCGGGAAGCUGAAGGAGGUCCCCCUGCUGCCCUCCCUGGACUACGAGAAGCUGAAGAAGGACCUGACCUUCGGGAGCGACCGGCUGAAGGCCUUUCUGCUGCAGGCCCUGCGAUGGCGUCUGACCACGUCCCACCCCGGAGAGCAGAGGGAGACGGUGCUGCAGGCCUACAUCAGCAACGACCUGCUGGACUGCCAGAGCCACCGCCAGAGGAACGUGCUCCAGCUGCUGCAUUCCAAGAGUGACGUGGUCCGACAGUACAUGGCGCGGCUCAUCAAUGCCUUGGCAUCACUCGCAGAAGGCCGCCUCUACCUCUCCCAGAACACCAGGCUGCUGAGGAUGCUGGAGGAGCGGCUGAAAGAGGAGGACCAGGACCUGCUCACCCGCGAGAACGUGCUCGGCGCCCUGCAGAAGUUCAGCCUGAGGCGCGGGCUGCAGUCCACCAUGAUCCAGGACGGCCUCAUCUUCUGGCUCAUCGACGUCCUCAAGGACCCCGACUGCCUGUCCGACUACACGCUCGAGUACUCCGUGGCCUUACUGAUGAACCUCUGCCUGCGCAGCGCAGGUAAGAACAUGUGCGCCAAGGUGGCCAGUUUGGUGCUCAAAGUCCUUUCAGAUCUGCUCGGCCAUGAAAAUCACGAGAUACAGCCGUACGUGAAUGGCGCCUUGUACAGCAUCCUUUCCAUCCCAUCCAUUCGGGAGGAAGCAAGGGCGAUGGGGAUGGAGGAAAUCCUUCGGUGUUUCAUCAAGGAAGGCAAUGCCGAGAUGAUCCGCCAGAUCGAAUUCAUCAUCAAGCAGCUUAACUCAGAAGAGCCACCGGACAUAAUUCUCGAGUCUGAUGACGAAGAAGAGGAAGAUGAUGAAGAGGACCAGGACACGAUGGAGUCCGACCUGGACAAGGACGAAGUGAUCCAGCCCCAGCUCGGCGAGCUGUGCGGGGAGAAGCUGCUCACCUCCGAGUACCUGGGCAUAAUGACCCACUCGGGCAAGGCCAGGAGGAGGGGGGCUCCCGGAGGCGCCCCGCCACACGAGGAUGAGCCGCUGCAGAGGCCCGUCACGCCGGGGUACCAUAAGAACGCGCACGCCGCCGCCACGCUGGAAACCGACUUCCUCCCUCCGGGUGCAGCCCGGCCCCCACGAGGCGGCCCGCUCCAGGCGCCCCCCGGCCCGCGGCCCCCUACUCGCAGCGGAAGCAGAGCCAGUGCCUUGGACUCGGGUGCCCCUCCUGCACCCUUCAGCCCGGGACCCUACAAGCUGUUUGCCUCAGCCCAGCGGGAAGGCCGGCACGUCCUGUCAGCGGAUGAGUCCAGCGAGGCCCUGGAGCCACCCCACGGCCAAGGGAGUAGGCAGCCAAGCAGAGAAUUCGCUGUGGCCUUCACCAGCAAACCCCGGAUCCCCCGCACCCCCGAGACCCAAGGGGGGAGCCCUCGGAAGACCAAGACCCCAGCCAUCGCCCCGCAGUUUUCUCACUCCGGGCCCCAGCAGACCAGCCGCCCCAGCUCCACGGGCUCCUCCGUGAGAAGCAGGCAAAGCAGCCAGUCCUACAGGAAGUGAGGACAGGCCCUGUCCUUGGCGUCCACCCUGUCUGUGAGGCCGGCCGGCUUCCUGCCCUGAGCGGGCGACAGCUGCGGCGCUCUGGCGUGAGCGGGGCUCUCGGGCCUCUCCCCGACCGUCCCGUCGUGGGGACUCCGUGUCAGCAGCCGCCAAGCGGUGCCGGCCGCCAGCAACAAUGGAGCCCACUCUUGAUUCAUGCUCAGUUCUAGGACCAGCCCCAGAACCCCCGCUGCCCCGAGGCCUGAGGGAUGCCGGCUGCCCCCCCAGGAGGUGGGGAAGCCACGGCCACACGGCCUGCCCCGCCCCGGGCCCAUCUGUCCGGUGAGGCCAGACAGAAGAAUCUGCGGUUUCCCUGUCUCCCUCCCCCCCCCCCCCCCCGGCACUAGCCAGGGCACCUCUGCGGCCCUGGGGAGGCGGGCGAGUCCCGGGCCAGGGAAGGUUCAGGGGAGGAGGGAGAAGGGGCAGGGAGGGCAGUGACCGGGCAGGGGCGAACAUCAAUAAAAUGGCUCUGAAAAGGAAA